GUGCAGAUAUCUCGAAGCAGCUUCUACAAACAACUUAAUUGCAAGAAUGUCAUUAAAAUUUAAAAUCUGGUUAAAAGAGCUCUUCUUAAUUUUGUCAUCAAUAUUCUUCUCUGUGUUUGUCCUUCCUUUUCUCCUAGUUUUCUUCUUCUGUCCUCUGUACGCCUACCGAAGAGUUGUAAUUUUUUUAGCAACCGUUUUCAAACCGCGGUUCCACACUGCGCUUAAUUUGGAUAGCUGUCUUGUCGUCUGCGAUGACAUCCAGAACCGACCAAGAAACUCGUUUUGUUUCGUCCUUUACUUGAAGGGAAAAAUUCCAUAUAACGAUUUGGUGGGGAGAGUGGAAACCGUUCUGGAUAAGCGUCCCCAACUCACCUGUACCUUGACCCGAUGGCUUUCCGUCUACUUUUGGGAAAAAUGCAAAAACUUCUCCCUUUCUAAUCACAUCUUCCAAAAUGAAGAAUCCGACCCCGACAAACUUUCCGAGCUCCUGCUGAAUAUGAUUGAGAAGGGAUACCCGACCGGAAAUCCACUCUGGGAACUAAUCUACUUCCCAAACUACGCCCAUCCCGAAUACGCCACCACAUCCGCCGUCCUCCUCAGAAUCCACCACGUCCUCGGCGACGGUAUGGCGUACAUGGCGCUAGUUCGCGAUUUAUGCGACCCAGAUCCCACUAUGGACAAGGAAAUUGAAAAAAUGCUAAAAACACUGCGAAAAAAGUUGACAAUUUCUCCAUUGAAAAAAUUUGCCUACUUGGCCGAGCUACUUUUUGUCACCCCGAGGCAAACGGUGUACAAUUGUCUGAAAGGAUUCAAUUCUCAGGUGAUACCGAUGGCGACGAAUAAUUCGGGUUCUUCUGGUGUAACACAAUUCGCAAAGCUGAUGGACAUUUCAUUGAUAAAACGAAUCUCCAAAAAGACUGGGGUCAAGGUGACCUCCAUCAUUCACGCCGGUGUCGCAGGCGCUAUGCGAAGGCUGAUACUGGAAAAGGGGGGUCGGGCAGAUGGGAAUUUAUCCAUAAUUUACGUCCUCCCGAAAAUGAAUCACCCGGGAACAAUGACGAACAAUAGUUUCGCUAUGCCCUUAAUUUGCCCGAUGACCCCGGAACCCUCCCAGGCUGCCCGUCUUGCCCGGGUUUCUGACCAAUUUGACCGCAUCCUCUCGACUCCCCUGCCACUCGGAAUGAUGUUUACGGCCAGUCUGCUCGGCUUGAUGAAUGAAACUUUCGGCUUAAUGAAGUGGGGUAUGCCGCACGUGGGGGGCUGUCUCCACUCAAACUUCGCAUUUGUCGGGGAGCCGAUGAAGUUGUUUGGGCACGUGGUAGAAACCCCGAUUCUUUACACAGGAUUGCAGCCUGGCGCACACCACCUCGUAGUUGGGACGCUGAGUUAUAAUGGGAAGUUUAUGAUCCAACUGCUCGGAAGUAGGGCUGCGUUUCCAGAACGGGACGAUGUAGUAAAGUUUGCGGAUUACGUGAGGGAAGAAUUUGACAUGUUAGAUGCGACUGGGAGCGAUGAAAAUGAUUAUUUACCCCCGCAAUUUCGUGAACUGGACAAGAAAAAAAAUUAACAUGAAUUAUAUUUAGAAGCACGUACACGAGUAAUAAGUAUUUAAUAGUGAAUUAAUACAACAUUAUUUUUUUGUUGUACAGUUACUAGUAAUAGUUUUGUUAAGAAAUUUAAGGGUUAAAUUUAAUGCACCACCGAAUAAGCUGAAAUUUACCACAAAUUUUAGCUGAAUUCGCCACCGGGUGAAUUUUUUCCAACUUUAGCCUUUCCAGCCACCGAUUUAGAUGGUGGUUACCACAAAUUUAGAUGAGCUGCCAUCACCAUAUUUCAUGAGUAUAGGAUUAUAAAAACAAUAUAAUUUACAAUAAUAUGAUUUAUUUAUUUGUAUAAUACGUCUAUAAACACGUCUUUUUUAGAAAUACACUUGAAAUUAAAUAACAA